UAGAGGUGCGCGUAAAGUGUGUGUGUGCCCAGGGGCAGCGCGUCAAGACGCACGGAGAAGUGACACCACACUGGGCACGACCAGGAUCGGGACACACUUGCCUUUUUUGGAGCUGGUUAUUUUCCUGCUUGACGCAGCUCCACAUGGGAUUGACAGUUGGUUUCCUUCGCCCCCUGGUGGUGAGGACGCAGGAGCACAGCGGUUGCAGGUUCGGAUGAAACACUCAUUGAGGCUGCAGUGAGAAAGUUGCAUGGGAGUAGGCCUGGUUAUGGACGGCUGCCCGGCUCCUCUAUUCGUCAUCGCGUUUCAUCCAGCGUCCUCCUGCGUAUGCAUGCAUGCGACCGACGGGCUGAUUUCAUAACGUGGGGAGGAAGAGGAGAGGAAUGGGGCUCUGAGAGCGGAUGAGCAGCAGACCCGGUACAGGCUCCGUGCACCAGACCCGGUACAGGCUCCGUACAGCAGCGGUGUUCAGGCUCUCUUUGCUCCCGGGCCAUGCAGACGGUGCGCUAGAGGAGAUGCGUUAGUGGAGGCUGCUGCUGAUGCUGCUGGAGCUGCUGCCGCUGUCCGAUCAGCUCUUAUCUGCGUCUUGAGCAUCGUCGCCACAGCCACGGCCACAGAAAUCGAGAUCAAGCUCCGGAGCCAGGGCCACCGCAGCGCGGAUCACCGCACAGGAGGAUGGAGUUCAAGCAUCUGGUGGAGGCGGCGGAGAAGUGGUGCUCCGGGAACCCGUUCGACCUCAUCUUCGCCGAGGAGGACGACGAGAGGCGGCUGGACUUUUACGCAGAGCCCGGCGUCUCCUUCUACGUGCUGUGUCCCAGCGGCACCGACAGCUUCCACGUGUGGAGCGAGAGUGAGGACUGCCUCCCCUUCCUGCAGCUAGCCCAGGACUACAUCUCCUCCUGCGGGAAGAAGACUCUACUGGAGGUGCUGGAGAAGGUCUUCACGUCCUUCAGGCCCCUACUGGGUCUUCCAGACUUAGAAGAUGACAGUUUUGAGCAUUACCACACUGACAUGGAGGGGGAACCAGGGCCGGACCAACAGCAGAUGGGGGUCAGCCAGCAGUGAUGAGCCCCAAGAAGGGGGCCGUGCAGCUGCGGGUAGAGCUGCCUACAAGCCCUGGGCCUCUUAUCCAAACACACAUACACACACACAAACACGUAGUCAACUUGCUAAUAAUGCACCACCAUGUUCUUGAAUGUCUCAGUGGCUUUGCUUCCCAAAGAGUGCACACCGUUGCACUUUGUUGCCCCCUACUUAACACACACACUGGCUACGUGAGCUGUAGCCAUGUACAAUGCAAGAAUCAUAAUCAUUCACCAUUUGGUUAGUUAAAGUUCCACAGCACAGCAAUAUUGGCCUUGGCCUUGGCUUUGUUAUGCAGAAAUGCAGUCAGAUAAACACCCCCCCCGUGGCUCUGGAGAUGAAUGUGACAGAUAUGCUACUUUCUUUACCCGUCUAUAGACAUGGAGGCUGCAUGAAUGCCAGACGAAGCAUACGCAGGUGACAACCGACAGUUCGCUGCUUCGUUUGGGGCAAUGGGAGUGACGCAAGAAGGCGAGGAAGGAGGGAGGUAUAUCACAACAACAGAGGGGCAGAACUUUCCACUUCAUGGAGGGAGAGACAGAGGGAACUGAGGAGUGAGGGUGCAGAGUUGUGACGUAGUUUUAGGUGAAGCUGCUCUCAGUCCCUUUUCAAAACCAAUAGCUGGCUCCCCGUGUGCAGCUCUGCAGUAACAUGGGUCACAUUUUAGAGGCGUGUUUCUUCGUGUACGCGAGUGUAAAAGUCAGUCCAUGGGGACGUUUUUAAUCAGUGUUACUAUCCUAUGGCCAUCACAACAAAGGCUCACGCUGAAGAUGACACUUCCCUUGUUUGUCUCGCUGUCACAUGACACCCUUAGUUCUGCUGUCCUGUCGUCUUCCUGCCCACUUUCUCUUCUGAGUGUGUUGUUUUGAAUUGAUCUGCGCUUUUCGAGGUUCCUCCUGAUCGUGAAUUUUGACGAGUGCACACCCACACACACCUCCCCCCAAGUGAUAUCUCAGGGGAAGGGAAAGCAUUAGUGGUGACACCCCUCCCCCUGCCUGCCCUGUACUUUCUAAACUGACAGUGUGUUGUUGUACUUCACAUUCAGUGCACUGCCACGCUUCAGGCCCCCUUCGCCCCCCCACCACUCCACCCACACUGCAAGACUGUAUCAUAUUUAUCCUGACCCGCUCACUUUGGCUUGUAAACGUUUUUGUCUUUUUAUUGCCUCUUAGAAUGUUUCUCAUACAGUGUAUCCUCUGUUUGGCCGCCGACGUGUGUGAAAUUGUUCAAUAAACCGUGUGAACAGAGCGUUCCUCAGG